GUAUUGGAUUCAAGGCGCUAAGAAGCUAGGUAGAAGCGACAGCCGUGCUGAUAAUGAAGUGCUGUUGGAGACAUUCAGAAAACUGUGACUUUCAGUUCAUCACUUCGGACGGAACCAGGAACCAAGAAUCUACAUCCAGGACCCAGUCGUGAAGAAACAUUGAAGUGAUUGAAGUGUUUCAAAUUCAUCUCAUUUCAGCUGCACCAGAUAAACUGCUCGAAUUCCUUUUUCCUCACCUCCCUUGGGCCAACCAUUCCUCUCUCCCUCUCUCCCUUAGUUUAUCCCUCAAUCUUCUUUUCAUCCACGUAGCCAAGAAAUCAGUGCUCUAUUUGGACUCCCUGGAACCGUCACAACGCCAUGUCUUCUGAGCACGACGACGUCCUGAACAUCAGCCCAUCUACUAGCGUUUCUGUGCCGGUCUCCAGCUUCACACCAACAACCAUCGCCCCAACAUCAUCCGAUACUCUGAUUCGGAUUCCGACUCCGACUCAGAUUCCGACUCCGACUCAGACUCCGACUCAGACUCGGCCAAGUGAUCCCAUGGGUGCCGUCCCGUGCGUCAAAGAGCACAUCAAGAUCUCCGUGGGGUCCGUGUCCAAGGACGAAGGUGAUUCUAAUGCGACUUCACCACAGGCCAUCAAGCCGGUAGCACUCUCCAUUAAAAGUUCUGUCCUCUCGAAACCCAAGUUCGACAUUAAACAGUCUAUGCGUUCAGAAGAGAAGAGUGGAUCCGAGCCUGAAGUCGACGCAAACCGCCAAUUGAGACUGACUUCAAAUGCGAACGUGAAGUCGUCAGCGUUAGCGGAAUCCAAUAGCAGAGCCAACAUCAAGGACCACCCUCCCACGUCUUUGUUUUUCACACCCUCUGAUGCCAAUCAACGCAAGUCUGAUUCCAUUACUGCUGUUGCUAAUGUACAAAGUACUAAUACUUUGAUCAGUGGAAGCAUAAUAUCUUCCGAAGUUCAAAGAGCCGCUCCCCUUGGUGGAUUUCUUCCUUUGGGGAAUGGAGAGAAAGAUUUCUCCCAAGGGAAAAGUGUUAUAAAACCAGGCCAAUUAUCAUUAUUUUCCACCUCCAGGCAACAACCUAUUAGCACGAUUUCGACGAGCUCGAAUUGCAACAUCACAUCAGGUGGUUCUGAGACCACGGGCUCUCAUCCUAGUACUUCUUCUACAGUUACUGCCACUGAUGUUGCUAUAUCCACCCAAGAUUUUGUAUUCGGAGAAAACCUAGGAGACAGGGCAGAAAACUUUUCGUUUUCUUCCAUAGGAGACAAAGCGAAAGAGACGCUCUCAGAAACGCUCGACACCAAGAGCCAAGAAGAAAAAAACAUCUUUCAGACAAGUGUUCAAAGCAAAACUAUAUCACGACCGAAUAUCAAAGAUUCUCCAAGUUUAUCUUCUGUGAGUUCCUUUCAGUCCCAAAGUUCCAUCAUCUCGUCCACAUUAACAUCCAUUUCGGAAAUUUCAAACCAAUCAACAAAUGGAAAGGCAAUGGCACCGAAAAGCUUAAAUGAAUCGGCCGCAGAAUAUUGUCAAAAUCAAGCUGCCAUAAAGAGGAAAUUUGAUGAGGUGACGCCAGUCACUGGUGAAGAAGAGGAAGUGAAUGUAAAUCAAUUUCAAGCGAAGUUGUAUGUAUUUGAAAAAAACUCAGGAUCUUGGAUGGAAAAGGGUCGGGGAAUACUUCGCUUGAACGAUGUGAAAGAUAAAAGCCAGUCCAGGUUGGUUAUGAGAACGUCUGGUUCUUUAAGAGUGAUACUAAACACUCAAGUCUAUCCAGAAAUGUCCGUUGAGCGGCCUUCUGAGAAAAGCGUACGUUUUACUGGUCUGCACGAAGGUAAUGCCCGAAUUUACUUAAUAUCUGGGACACCACGAGACAUUCAAUCAUUUUUCGAUGCGCUUAUCUUACGGAAGACGCGUGGAGGUAUUACAAAGGACAAUCCGGCAAAUGAAGACCCUACAGAAAAGAAGAAAAAAAAGUUAAAGUGAUGUAAUGCGUUCCAACCACUGAAAUGAAAGGUUAAAAACAUCCA